UACAUAUCAUUGUCACCAACAUCUUUAACUUCACUUCCAAUCCAGACCUAGAUGUUUCCACUUCAUCCAAAUUACCAAAUGUUUGGGACUUCCAACCUAAAAUUUUCCUCAAAUCCUCCAAUGGGUCGGUGGAUUUUGUUAGAUAUAGAAAGAGGGAGACUCUACUUGCGAAUAGCUACCAAUGAGUGGCUAUCUAGACAGGAAUACCCGCCAGAGUUAGGUUUAUUUUGAACCUUGUGGAAUUGAUGUUGUAACAAUCUUAUGUAUAUUUGGUAAUCUUCAAAUAGAAAGUUGUUGUUACUAGAAAUGAGUUGAUGGGGAAGCAAGGAUCGCCGAGAAUGUUAGGAGCCGAUUACAAUUGGAACAAAGCUGGUUUGUUUCAUGGGUUCAAGAAUGACCCAUCAAAAAUCAGUUCAUGCAAGGGUGUCCAUGGUGGGAAAAGGCAUGUUUGGUUGGGUAAAAACCUGCGGUCGAUGGUUAUUGCGUUUGGGUUGAUUGGUUUCCUUUUCCUCUUGGACUCCCUUGUGUACUCCCUUCUUGAGCCCACGAGUGGUUCAGCCCCCAAAAAAUCAAUUGAGAAGAUGAAGGAGCGUACGACUGCCAACGUCAAUGAAGGGAAAAUACCAGUACAGAUGUAUGAUCGACUUAUGAAUUUAGCUUCUUUCGCUCUUGCAGAGAAAGAGUUUAGGGAAGAUUCAACAAAGUUCUGGAAGGAGACGUAUCCUGAGGCAUCUAUCUGGAGACCGUGUGCAGAUAGAAACAGUACAACAAAUCUAGGGAAGCCGAAGAAGAGCAACGGUUUUAUUUUGGUCAGUGCAAAUGGUGGUCUAAAUCAACAACGAGUUGCUGUAUGCAAUGCGGUUGCUGUUGCAUCCUUACUUAAUGCUACAUUAGUUAUUCCCAAAUUUCUUUACAGCAAUGUAUGGAAGGAUCCCAGCCAGUUUGGUGACAUUUAUCAAUUGGAUCAUUUCACAAACAACUUGAAGGAUGACAUAAAUCUUGUAAAGGAGCUUCCUUCAAAUUUGAAAUCACUGAACUUUGAAGCCAUUGGUAGUUUGAUUACGGAUGCAGAUAUUCCAAAGGAAGCAACACCGGCUGAUUAUGUCAAAACUGUGCUUCCUCUCCUGUUGAAGAAUCGAGUUGUUCACUUGCUUGGAUUUGGAAAUCGACUUGGCUUUGAUCCAUUGCCAUUUGAACUUCAGAGAUUAAGAUGCAAAUGCAACUUCCAUGCUCUAAAGUUUGCACCUGAAAUUGAACGAGUUGGUUCGUUAUUGAUCAAGAGGAUAAGAAAAUUUGAUGCCGCACGAAAUAUGCUGGACAAGCAACUGCUUGGGAAUUUCAUGUCAAAUACACCCUUGAAAGGGAAGGAUGCUGCUGUGGGAGAUCAAUCCAAAUACCUUGCUUUGCACUUGAGAUUUGAAGUUGACAUGGUGGCCUACUCUCAAUGUGAAUUUGGAGGUGGAGAAGAUGAGAGAGAGGAACUCCAAGCGUACAGGGAAUCCCAUUUUCCGCUGCUUGCUGAACGCUUGGAGAAAUCAAAGCCUACUUCUCCAACAGAAUUAAGGAGGUUGGGUAAAUGCCCACUGACUCCGGAAGAAGCAGCACUUGUUCUUGCCGGUCUUGGUUUUAACCGCGAAACCUUUAUCUAUCUUGCUGGUUCUCGCAUAUAUGGGGGACAGUCCAGGAUGCAAACAUUGAGUAGUCUUUAUCCCAAUUUGGUAACAAAGGAAGAUCUUCUCAACCGUAGUGAACUCGAACCUUUUAGGAAUUUUUCGUCUCAGCUGGCAGCACUAGACUUCAUCGCCUGUGCAACUGCUGAUGUAUUUGCCAUGACAGACUCAGGGAGCCAACUAUCAUCCCUGGUGUCCGGAUUCAGAACUUAUUAUGGUGGUGGUCAUGCCCCUACCUUGAGGCCUAUCAAGAAGAGACUUGCAGCAAUUUUGUUGGAGAAUAGCACCAUAGCAUGGGACAGCUUUGAGGAGAGAAUACGAAAAAUGAUUGAGGAAGGCCAAAGGGUAGGCGUGAGGGGCAACAAAAAAAGCAUUUAUAGACAGCCAAGGUGCCCAGAAUGCAUGUGUAAAUACCAUUAGUUUUUGCGUCUCAUUCUUUCAAGGCCCUUCCUUUCUUUUCUGUAAAUAAUAUACGUCAGAAAAUGCUCAUAUUCUGGCGGGUAUAUUUUUGCCAUUCAUGAAAGUUGUCGGACAUAAA